CUCCACUCCUCUCAAUUCAAAAAACCCCCUCUUUCUCUCACAAUUUUAAAUAAUUCCAUUCACAAAAAAAAAAAAAAAAAAAAAAAAAAACUCAAAAACGCCCUCAGAUCUCACACAACAGAGAGAAGAAAAAAAUGGCAGUCGCACCAACGGCGCGUGAGGAGAACGUGUACAUGGCAAAGCUAGCAGAACAAGCGGAGAGAUACGAAGAAAUGGUAGAAUUCAUGGAGAAAGUGUCAAAUGGACUUGGUUCAGAAGAACUAACAGUUGAAGAACGUAACCUUUUAUCAGUUGCGUAUAAGAACGUGAUUGGAGCGCGUAGAGCAUCAUGGCGUAUAAUAUCAUCAAUUGAACAAAAGGAAGAAUCUAGAGGAAAUGAAGAACAUGUUAAUAGUAUACGUGAGUAUAGAUCUAAGAUUGAGAAUGAGUUGUCCAAGAUUUGUGAUGGGAUAUUGAAGUUGCUUGAUACUAAGUUGAUUCCUAGUGCUACUUCUGGGGAUUCAAAGGUGUUUUAUUUGAAGAUGAAAGGUGAUUAUCAUCGUUAUUUGGCUGAGUUUAAGACUGGAGCUGAACGUAAAGAGGCUGCUGAGAGUACUCUUACUGCUUACAAAGCUGCUCAGGAUAUUGCAUCUGCUGAACUUGCCCCAACACAUCCCAUCCGACUUGGACUGGCUCUUAACUUCUCUGUGUUUUAUUAUGAGAUCUUGAACUCUCCCGACCGUGCUUGCAACCUUGCCAAACAGGCCUUUGAUGAAGCAAUUGCUGAGUUGGACACAUUGGGAGAGGAGUCUUACAAGGACAGCACUUUGAUCAUGCAACUUCUUCGUGACAAUCUCACUCUCUGGACCUCUGAUAUGCAGGAUGAUGGUGCUGAUGAAAUCAAGGAAGAUCCCAAACCUGAAGAAAAAAAUUGAGGGAAAAUGGAACCCUCUAAUUUGCUUUUCACUUCUCCCUGGUUGUUUUUAUUGGGAGAAGCUGAUUAUCAUAAUUUCCUUGCUAUUAUGGUUUUCAUUAAGAGGUUCACUUCUUAUUGGCAACAAUGAACUUUAGUAUUGAUGUUUUAAAUGUUCCAUCUUUAAUUUAAUGUGAUUCUGGAGA